GUUUCAAGGUGACCUUCACAGUGAAGAAGUUUGACGUUUUCUAACCUACAAAAUUAUUCAGUUUUGAAUAUCCUACCCGCGCAGACAUGUAUUCAUCAUCAAUUUGACCACAAUUAUUCACGAAACAUUAUCAAAAUUAAAAUAAAUCAAAUAUAACACGUGUUUUGUGAUAUUUUAAGUGAUCAAGUUGCUUACAUAUACUCGUCGUUUCGGUGUUUUAGUUUCCCAUAAUAUUGGUCACAAUGUCGCGUGAUAGACAGAGCCGCCGCUUCUACCGGGCCGAGUCCACCCACGAUUUGUGUUCAUUCAUGGACAGGGGGCAGGCGGCGAGCGAUGAGAACAGGUGGACAUUCGAGACAGCAUGGGAAGCCGCCAAUAAAGUUGGCGGCAUUUACACCGUUAUCAGAUCAAAGGCCUACGUUUCCACCGAGGAGAUGGGAGAGAAUUACUGUUUGCUUGGGCCAUAUAAGGAGCAAUGCGCACGCACAGAAGUCGAGGAGGCAGAAUUCCCGCCAAACUCACCUUUGACUGCCGCCGUCAAUGCUAUGAGAAGUCAGGGGUAUAAGGUCGUCACUGGCACUUGGUUAGUGGACGGCAACCCGCAAAUCAUACUGUUCGACAUCGGCUCAGCUGCGUGGCAACUGGACGGCUACAAGCAGGAACUGUGGGACACCACGUCCAUAGGGAUCCCCCACCUGGACGUGGAGGCCAACGACGCGGUCAUACUGGGCUUCAUGGUGGCGCGGUUCAUCGCCGAGUUCCGCACAGCAGCCGAGAGUUACAGCGAUACUACGCCCCGCGUGGUAGCGCAUUUUCAUGAGUGGCAAGCCGGCGUUGGACUCAUCAUGCUCAGAGUGCGGCACGUAGAUGUCGCUACUGUCUUCACGACUCACGCCACGUUGCUUGGCAGAUAUUUGUGUGCUGGCAACACUGAUUUCUAUAACAAUUUGGACAAGUUUUCUGUUGACGAGGAAGCGGGAAAAAGACAGAUAUACCACAGAUACUGUAUGGAGAGAGCGGCCGCUCACAUGACUCAUAUAUUUACAACCGUUUCGGAUAUAACAGGGUACGAAGCGGAACAUCUUCUUAAACGCAAACCGGACAUCAUAACCCCAAACGGUCUCAACGUGAAGAAGUUCUCAGCCCUCCACGAGUUUCAGAAUCUUCAUGCUCUGGCCAAAGAGAAGAUUAACGAAUUCGCCAGGGGACAUUUCUAUGGCCAUUUCAACUUCGAUUUGGACAAAACUCUGUACUUUUUCAUCGCCGGACGCUACGAGUUCGGGAACAAGGGAGCAGACAUCUUCAUAGAAGCUUUGGCUAGACUGAAUCAUUAUUUGAAGUCGUCAGGCUCAGAGAUGACAGUAGUGGCGUUUCUCAUCUUCCCCUCCAAGACGAACAACUUCAACGUGGAGAGCCUCCGAGGUCACGCCGUGACAAAGGCUCUCAGGGACACUAUACACGAUAUACAGCAGAAGGUGGGCAAGCGCAUGUACGACAUAUGUCUGAGAGGCCACCUUCCCGAAGCUUCGGAUCUACUCCACAAAGACGACACAGUAAGACUGAAACGCUGUAUAUACGCAUUGCAAAGAGAUGGACUGCCGCCUGUCACCACGCAUAAUAUUGUGGACGAUUGGAACGAUCCCGUUUUAAAUUCGGUGAGACGGUGUCAGCUGUUCAACACUGUCAAUGAUAAAGUCAAAGUAAUAUUCCAUCCUGAGUUUCUCACCUCGACCAAUCCCUUGUUCGGCCUUGAUUACGAGGAAUUCGUACGCGGCUGUCACCUGGGAGUGUUCCCGUCUUAUUACGAGCCCUGGGGCUACACCCCGGCCGAAUGCACAGUAAUGGGAAUACCAAGUAUAACGACUAACUUAUCAGGUUUUGGUUGCUUCAUGCAAGACCACAUAGCUGAUCCUAUGUCAUACGGUAUCUACGUGGUGGACAGACGCUACAUAUCUCUGGAGGGCUCCGUGCAACAGCUAGCUCAGUAUAUGUUCGAUUUUACUAAAUUGACGCGAAGGCAGCGUAUCAUACAAAGGAAUAGAACUGAGCGAUUGUCAGAUCUCAUGGACUGGAGGAACUUAGGAAUUUAUUACCGCCAAGCGCGUGCGCAGGCCCUCAAAAUAGUCUACCCAGACUAUGUAGAUCUUCAAGAUGUGGAGCUAGGCAAGAGGUUCAACUACCCCAGACCUAUAUCGGAACCACCAAGCCCUACGCACUCAAGAGGCACUACCCCUGCCGCUUCUGUCCACGGUUCCGACAAUGAGGAGGACGAGGUCGAUGAAGAAAAAGAAUUAGCCGAACUCAGAAUCGCUGAUUAGUAUAGUUGGAAGUUUAGUAAAUGCCAAGUUUACGCGAGACUAGCUGUGCCCGCGACUUCGUCCGCGUGAAAUAGUUAUUUCGGGCAUCAUUGAAGCCCUCAAGGAUGAAUAAUUUUCCCCGUUUUUUUUUUCGCAUUUUUCAUUAUUUCUUCGCUCUUAAUAGUUGCAGCGUGAUAUUAUAUACCGAUAUUAUAUUAUAUAGCGAGAAAGGCUUAUAAUAUUAGAAUAGAUUAGUAGCGAUAGUAGUCUAUUGGUAAUUUUUUUUUUGUAUGUUCGUCUGUUUUUUUAUUAUGCCUUGUUUAUGCGAGGUUAGUAAGUAAUGUGUCAAUGAUUGGAAAAUUAAUAUGUUUAGUUUAGACGCGACCGAAUUAGCAGCUAUAUCAUCAUUUGUAUAAUUGUAACGGCAGCUGGUUAGCUUAAGGCUUUCAUCAAAAAUUGUUGAUGGUCGUGUGACGCAAAAAGGCACAGGUUGGAAUCCUACCCCGGCCAUGUACCAAUGACUAUUUUUAAAGUUACGUACAUUAGUUUGAAUACUAACCGCAACUGGAUGUGUGCCCAUUAUCGAUCCAAUAUGGGUUAGGUUCCCCUGCAAAGGUUGCGGAGGUCAGAUGGGAUUAGCUUCGUGUGAAAACCUGACUCACCCAAUCCAGGAUCCAAGGUCAAAGGCAUACUCCGGGCUCCUCUCCAGAGUGGUGAGGAUGCAACCAGGACUAAAGCCAGUAGGAAGAAGAAAAUGCAUAAAAAGAGUGAUAAGUGUGGAGGAAGUCAGAAAUAACUGUUAAAAAGCUUUAAGCUCGCAUAAAUUUGGCAUUAUUAAUAAGUAAUAUCUCAAUUCACUCUCACAAAGUCUCUGCGAUUCUUAUUAUUUUUUACAAUAAUGUCAAAUAGUAAUAUUGAGCCUGUUUAGGUAUUUGUUUUUGGUUAUAGUUUAGUCGCCUUCACUGCCUUAUUAUUAUGUUAGUAAAGAUAAAUAAAUAAAAAUGAGUUCCUUAUAGUUUUUUCCUGUUUUACUAUUAUGAUUUUAUUUUGCGUGAUUUGUACUGAUAAAAAAUAUUUUAUAAAAUACGUGAAUUACAAUACAAUACAAUAUUAUUUUACAACACGAAUCACAAUACAACAUAUUAAUACAUA